AUGGUCGCGGUACGGUGGGAGGACAAGGUGGCGCGCGGCGGCCAGAAGGUGAGCUGCCCCGUGGUGGCUGAGGUCAAGAUCCUCGACUUCGGCGGGGUUAAGUGCGACCGCCUCGGGUGCGCAAAGUGCAAAACACCCAUCACACAUACAUACGCCGCACACACACACACACACACACACACAUGUAGCUGCUCUGUCAUCUGUGCGCGUGUGUGUGUGUGUGUGUGUAUGUGUGUUUGUGUCCCUUCCUUGACAGCAUGUCGCCAUUGGCCUACGGUACGUUCACCCUGUUUCCGCCCGAGGUCAGGGAGUCGCGCGACCGCCGGGGUCAGUGGCCCCAGGUGGACAGCCACGGCAUCGGGACGGUCCUGUUCGACUGCCUCCGCCUCGCCUCCUUGCCGCCCUCUCCCACCUGCAGUGCGUCCCAGUACAUCGCGCAGACACGCUACGACCUGGUACGCUCUGGCCGCACGACAAACCGAUGGAGACUCUCACUGCAUGAACACCUGCGUGUCCGUGUCUGUGUCUGUGUGUCAUUCAUGUGUUGAUUCAUGCAGCCCAGGAUCCUCGGGUUGCCGUUUGGCGAGGACGUCGAUGACUACCCUCACAUGGUGACCUCGGCCAUCCAGCGCCGUAUCGAUGAGGAGAUAGCCAAGGUCCACAGGGAGUGCAUCGUCUGCCGGCCGAGAACAACCAGAGCGAGGCGUUCAAGGUCCUCCUCGGGGUCGCGUCUCUCUGCCUGCGGGCCGACCCGGCACUCCGCUCGACGCCCUCACAGGUGUGCAGCAUCCGCACAUAAAUGGAGACACUCACACACUGACCCAUUCGGUGUCUGCCUGCAGGUGCUGCGUGAGCUGUUCACAGCAUCUGUGCGGGAGCCCCCGUGCGACCGCGACUUUGCAGCGGUGGCUGUGCGAGCUCGUACGUAUGAGCGCACUGCAGGUAUGUCUCGCUCGCACUGAUCCAGACAUGUAGCAAGGUUCUCAUGUCGCUUGUUGCGUGUAUGUGAAUCUAUGUCUCAGCCCAUCGCCGCCUACAUUUUAUAUUUCCGCGUCUGUUUCUAGCUCAACGAAUGCACAGCGCUUAGGGUUGUCCACCUCGUACGAAUGUACAGUCUUAAGCCCUUAGGUACCACCCCCGGCCUCUCGGUGUGUGUCCGUUCUUGUCCUCAGGCCCACCCACGCCAUCCAGGAAGAGCCCACCCACACGAACGCCGCCCCUCUCUCUCAGAUAGCACUUCACCAGACGUGCAGCACCGGCGGCAGUAACAGGAGGGCAUGGUGGCCGUAGAGACGGCCGAGCACGCUGCCAAGGGGACGACGGCGAUGGAGAUAGAGAAGAAGGACGAGGAAGAGGUCAAAGCGGCAGGAAGACAUGUCGGCACCUGCACCACCCUUAAGAAUGGCGCGCCCCUACGAGAGGGUCCAAGUCGACCCACUCGGCGAAGUAGCAGGUUCGCACAGUUACUCAUGCAAUUUGCACUGCCUGUGCAGUCGUGGACGUGUCUGUUUGCUGUCCAUGUAUGUGUCAGGCUGCAGAGAGGCCCAACAGGCCGACAACUGGGACCCGUCCCCCUUCCCCAUAGACCUGCCGCCCCGCCUGACAGCCAUCUAUCGGCUUCUGCACUCGGCGGCGGACGAGCUGCAGACCAUCAGCGGCGGAGUGGGAGGGCUGGACGAGUUCAUCGAGGACCACUGGCUGGCAGCCCUGGCUCGAGCGGCAUGGCAGGCGUCGCCCAGGAGGGACGGGCAGAAAUUCCUACGCGGCCUGCUCUGCCGCCUGAGCCAUCUCAUCAGCGUGCAAGCACGGUAAGCAAGAAUUAUACAGAGGAAGUCCACACAUACACAUACCAUAACUCAUGGUGUUUACUGACUUUCCGUGUGUGUAUCAGCCCAUCGUUGCCUUCAUUUUAUAUUCCGGUGUCUGUUUCUCCGCAACGAAUGCGCAGGGGGGCAGGUAUGCUAACUUGUGCAGGAGGGCUCUAGCGAUAGAUCGCCACUGCAUCAGGUAAGCGUUUCAAUGAUGGGCCGUCAACCCAUGUGUGUACAACACAGCAUUCCAUAUCUCGUCUCAAUGCGUGUGUUUCAGGUGUGCAUCGGUUCGCCGCCGACCAGUGCAGGCAACUGGGCGUGCCGGUGGUAACGCAGGGCAAGGGCAUUGGCCGCCGGUUCCUUUGGCGGCGGCCAUAUGUCAAGUACGGCGGGCCACUCCAGGAGGAGCUGAUGAAGGGGAUGCGGGACAUGGGCGGACGGGCACCGAUCGUGUCUAACGUGCAUGAGACGAUUGACCUGUAUGGGUAGGUAUACGGCGGGGCAGGAAGGAAGGGAGAUAGGAGGAGCCUCACACACAAUGUGUGGGCCAUUGCUUGUGUUGCAGGCCGGGCCGUGAUGUUCAAGACGCCCUGCGCGGAGUACACGGCCAACCGCAAGCCGCCAUCGCAGUUCGGGGUCGGCGAGUGGGACGAGGGCAGGUGGGAGAAGCAGAAGCUCCUCACUGUCCUGAACGAAGCACGGUAAGCAAGAGCUACACGAAGGAAACCACACGCGUGUGCAUCCAUGUGUUGAAUCAGGGUGCUGGGCCAUGUACGAGCGGCGGGCCGGCAUCAGGGCAUUAUCGGCAUCAGGGCGGUCCAGUUCUGCCUAGAUGGCAACGGCCUGUACAUGGACAAGGCUGCUGGCUCGCCGCUGAAUGAGGCAAGCAAGUGAUCCGCUGGACGUACGGGACAGCAUCCCAUCUCUGUCCCGUGUGUGUGUGUGUGCAGGUGUUGUUUGCUGAGGACGGGGGCGUGCCGAGCCGCGUCGGCCGAAGGCAGCGGUUGGGUAUCAUCCGACAGCUGCUGGAGGCCGUCGCGUUCCUCCACCAGAAUGGUGUCAUCUACCGUGACAUGAAGCGACAUAACAGUGAGUGGGCAAGGGAAAAGCAACGACGCUGUGAUGUGUCAUGUGUGUGUGUCUGUUGGCGUCCGGCUGUGUUGGUUGCAGUUAUGUAUGACGCCAAGACCGAUGCGGCCGUCCUCAUCGACCUCGGGUCUGCGGCGGUGCUGGGGGAGGGCAAGUCACUGAUCGACACCAGCGGCGGGUCGGCAGUGACACCCCAGUACCAGCCGCCUGAGCUCCCUCACUCCUCGUGGCGCCAUCUGCAGCCCGACGUGCCCCCCGACGGCCUGAUGAACAUGGCCAGCGACAUCUGGAUGGUGGCCAAGACGGCCGUCGAGAUCGUCACUGGCCAUUUCGUCAAGGGGGGAGACACCGACGGCAGAGGCGAGGCCAUCGACGCGCUGCCGACCAUCCCGGCCACUUCUUCGCCGCUGCCAUCACCAGGGAGGAGAAGCCAUCGUUGCUUACAUUUUAUAUUCCGCUGUCUCAUCGCCUACAACCCAUGCACAGUGGAGCAGCAGAGGAUACGAACGACCUGCAAUGUGAUGCCCCCACUCGACACGUCGGCAGGUAUGUCUGUGUCAGUCAGGGACACACAUCAAGAUCCAUUGUUGUCCGGACUCACUCCUGUGUGUGCAUGGCAUGCAGGCGGCGGACUGGUGGCCAAGACACCCACUACUGGGUGUCUUGGCAGACUGCCCACUGUCAUCAGCCCCAUUCAUUUCGAGCUAUUCGCCGUCCAGUUCCAUCACCCUGACAGGGACCAAGACGGACACAGAGGCGGGAUUCUGCUUUUCUUCUGCGAGCUUCAGCUCUCAUAUAAAAGAACUGCUGCUGCCGAAGCUGCCAUGUCGUCGCGUAAUCCCAUGAUACUGCCUAGUUCACUGCACCCGGCCCAAGGUGCGUAGGCAGGGCAGGCAAAUCGACUGCACUGACGGAUCCCAACUUCUGGAGGUGUUGUCUGUCCGCUGCACUGCAGGCCGACGAGCGGCCGACAACGCCGAAGAUCGUGACGGCGAGCCGUUUUGGCACCCGUCCCAUGGCACUGCCGCCGAGCUUGCCGGCACUGUACCGGCUGACCCACGAGGCGGCCCAGCUGUUCUGCAAGGACUUUAUCCAGGACCACUGGCUGGCCUCGUACGAGCAGCCUGGCAGGCGCCCGACCACUGGGGAGGCCGGCGUUACAUCUGGGGGCUCCUGGAGCACCUCAGCCGGCUGAUUAGUCUGCAGCGGGCAGCGGCCGACGUCUGUAGAGGCCUGGGGGUGCCGGUGGUGAGGGAUGAGGGGAAUGCGGCGGUUCUUGGCCGACACAGACCACAUGAUUAA